UAUGUUUACAGAAACUCACAGCAGCGCUCGAGAGCGUCUCAUCAGCUCGAGAACAGCGCGCGCAAGCUUAUUCAACCUGCCGAUGUUUUUAACUACUGACAUCAUUGAGACCUAAAGAAAACGAAGAGACACUGUUUACCAGAUUUCAUCACACGAAACGGCUACUGUUUGAAGACUAUUGGAUUUGAGGAUUGCAAACAGACCUGACGCUGCUUGAGGUUCUGAUCAAACUAUUUGGGAUGAGUCGCUGUACAGCCGCUUUACUUUUGCUGGUCAUCGCCGUUUAUUCACUGAACACAGAAGCCUAUAAGUGCAGGUGCACGAGAAAAGGCCCAAAAAUCCGAUAUAAAGAUGUGCAGAAGCUGGAGAUCAAGCCUAAACAUCCAUACUGCCAAGAAAAAAUGAUAUUUGUCACAAUGGAGAAUGUGUCCCGUUUCAAAGGUCAGGAGUAUUGCCUGCAUCCCAGACUCCAGAGCACUAAGAACCUUGUCAAGUGGUUCAAAAUCUGGAAGGACAAGCACAGGGUGUACGAGGCCUAAAACGUUCUACAUUAUGCACAAGGCUGAAAACAUUGUGGGAUGCACAAUACUACCAGUAAACCGUGGACGACUAGAGGACCAAUAUUUUUAGAGCAUGACAAGACAUAUACCAGAAAAGCUUAUAAUAAAGCACUCCAUUUUUUUAUUUAUAUAAAUGUGAAAUAAUUUAUAGUCAUACAAAUGUUUUAUUAUACAGUGCAAUUAGAAGUCAUGUGUGCCAGUUAUGGCAGAGAAAAGUCCCUUUGGAUCAGCGCCAUCUGUAAGACGUGAUCAUUCAUUACAUUUUUGUGUAAUGUUUUCUGAAGCAUCAGUUUUUGGUCUGAUUCAUUGUGUUGUAUCAUUUAAAAGGGUUUUAAGAGGGUUAUCACUGCAUAAAAUAACAGAAAGGUAAAUGAUGUAUACAUAUUAUUUUCGGAGAAAUAUGUGAUAGCAUGCCAUCAUUCAACUGGUAAAAGGAGGCAUCAUGUUCUUCUUCACAAUAAUUUUUGUUUUCAAACAUGUUCUUUUUUUCAUAGGCUUUUUUUUUUACUUAUUCGGUUAUUCUCUUAAUACAAUAUGGGAAGUGAAAGAGAUGCAGUACAAAAUAAAAUAAACCAUUUAAAUCAUACCAUACCUUUACUUUAUAUUUACACAUAUACUUUGCUCCUCUAUGGAAAUGUACUGCCACACUACAAACUCAUGAACUUUGGGGCCUGCAGUGGAUCAUGUAUUUAACAUGAGGUUUUGUAUUUAAUAUGGCCUUCUAUCACUACAUGUGAACUACAUGUGCCUCCUCUAUGAGGUGUGCAGUUUUUGUAAUCUGUUGGUUUAAUUUGUUCGGUAUGACUAUGUUUUUGUUUGUUUGUUUGUUUGUUUGGUAAAUGGAAUGUUUCUAAUUUCUUCUUGUACAUCAAAUUGUAUGUAUAAGCACAGAAAAAAAUUUUUGUGUAAAGACCAACUUGCCUAGUCCAGCUUGUUCAGAAUCUCUUAGUAGAGCCUAUGUAUUGUAUCACAGGAUUGUUGUUUUACUAUUUAAAUAAUAAAUAAUAGAAACGUU